CCGUUUACUCUGCCAAGAACUUGCCAACGACAUGUUUUUAUUCCGUUCGGGGUUGCCUUCAGCACGAGAGACUGUAACCAUGUGCAAGAUCAGAGAGAUAAUGAAUUUGAAGAGCCAGAAGAUGUGAUCGUGGGCAUGAAAUCUGUCGUCACAAAUGAUGAAAAAAUGCCUCGAAAACGACCGGACUGAUCACCCAUGCUCGCCGAGAGGUGACGAGUUGACUGAUAUCGGCGCUAACUGAGAUGGCUAAUUGUUGAGGAUAAAAAGGGCGUUGGAGUUCUCCUCCCUCCUCUCUAUUCAGCGUCCGGUCUCCCUUACUCACGAAGCACCUCAUCAAAUUUAUCCCAGCAACUAUGAAGAUCACCCUUCUCUCUUUGGCUUUUGCGGCCUCGGCCAUAGCAGUGCCAGUCCAACCUAGCUCUAGCGCUAGCAUGGCCCCGGAGGCGGUCUCCAGCAUUCCUAUAUUCCGUCAUCCCAAGAAUGCUACAAAGCUCGAGAGGAUUGUCGCCAACAAGGACUUUAGCAUUCAGAAAUAUUCUGCGCUCACCUCUGGUUUGCAUGCACGCGGUCCGAUUUUGACAAACGACGCAAACGAGUUGUACUAUGGGCCUGUAACCAUCGGAUCCCAAACGUUCCAGGUUGAUUUGGACACAGGCUCCUCCGAUUUUUGGCUUCGCGGAGCAAACUGCCAGUCAAGUGAUGGCUCCUGCGGCAAUGGCCAGCCCGCGGUUAGCACGCGCGAGUUCAAAGAUACAGGUUCCCAGUUCCAAGACUCUUACGGCUCUGGCUCUGCAGACGGCGAAAUCUACCAAGGCACUUACACACUCGGUGGCGUGACCGCCAAGAAUGCGUAUUUUGGUGUAUCGACGAACGAGCAAGGAUUUACCGAUCCCGCAGACGGUCUUCUUGGAUUAGGAUUUGCGGCCAUCAGCAACAUUGCUUCCGCCACCAACGGUCGGGCCCCGAUUGAUGAACUGGGAUUGAAGUCGUUCGGCUUUUACCUCAGCAACGCCAAUGACGGAGACCAGGGACUUGUUACUCUGCAGGGAGCUGACAGUUCAAAGUACACGGGAGGAUUCAACUAUGUACCCUUGAACUCUCGUACCUACUGGCAGUAUUCUCUCAGUGGUGGCUCUGUCCAAGUCGGCAACACCAAAACUGCGUUCUCAAUCCGAAACGCCAUCGCCGACACUGGUACAACCCUCAUUAUCAUCGGUGACAAGGAAGCAAGUGCAAUCGCCAGAGCUGUCGGCGCCGACUCUAACGGAAAUAUUUCGUGUUCCGUCGCCAGAACCGGUCCUAAAGUGGUCUUUAACAUCAACGGCGUGGCUUACGCUAUCCCACCUAGCGUCUAUGUGUUUGAGGACCAGGGACAGUGCAUCCUGGGCAUCCAGGGCGGUGCAGCUCAAGCUGGCGUCGCAAUCUUUGGAGACGUUUUCAUUAGACAGUAUUACACCUUAUUUGAUGUUGCUAACAGCCGUGUUGGAUUUGCUCUAGCUAAUCACAACUAGACUCUAGAUACACCAUAGAAUGACAUGCUACCGUCGCUGGGCGACGAAAAGAUGUAGUUAGAGUAGGUAGACUAGUUCAAUUCAAUAUACAAUUCUUGGAUAGCUGAUAUAUUCGACAAGUCCUUUAUACAUAAUCAUACUAUUCCAA